AUGCACAGUAUGAAUGUUGCAGUGUUGAGAGUGUAUGAACCAAGUGAUGAACCUGACUGUGUUCUGAAUCAGCCAACUCCUAAGCUCUAUUUUCAGAUGAUUUUUUAUAUCAAACAUCUACUACUUGUGCUAUUGUUGAAUCCCUUUGUCUUUCUUGGGCUGUCUCUGAUCAAAAACAUCAUGACUAAGCCAACCUAUAACCUUAAAGAAGUCAGCGUCUUUAUCAUUUCAUUCAGCAUUUCAUUCCUUCUAUUUUCUUCAUGGAGGGGAAAAUGUCGAGAAAUCAAAAACAAAAUUGCAGCUUUGGAAUGCAACAUAAAGAAUCUAAAAAAAGAAUUAAGAGAAAUAGCAAUACGCAAGGAAGUUGAGCAGCAAAAGGAUGCAAACCUGAUGGACCUGGGAUUCUGCAUUGACAAGAGGAUGAUGGACAACCAGAGACUGUUUGCACAACUGGAUCUCGAGAGUGUACAGGUAGACCUAGAGGAAUUAGAGGAGAAGCUUCACAGCCUAGAGAGCGUCACUGACAAAACAGAAGAAUACUUGAACAGGAAAAAUAACCUGUUAGAUGCCAAAUGGAGACUGGAGACAAAAAUUAAAGAACUGCAGAAACUGCUACGGGACACAGAGACCCUGCAGCGGAGUCUUACAGAUAAGAAAGGUUUCAUGAGCCUGACGGGGAGGAGGACCAAGUUUGAAUUCAUCUCAAGGGAUCUUAUUGAUGAACUGAAUAAGAAAAAGAAAGAGAUGGAACAAUUACAGUUUUCAUGGUGGCUCAUCAUUUAAAUGUAUUUCUGUUUGUUUGUUUGUUUUUCUCCAACCACCUUGGUAUGACAGCAGCUAUAUUUGUUUAUUUUCUUAAUCAUGACAUAAUUGUUUUAUAUUAAAUCUAAAGUGCGUAUCUACAUCAACUAUUAUCUGUGACAAAAUGAUCAACAGCCCAAGAACCAGCAUAUAGAAAUACAGUAUAUACACACAUAUGUUUUAAGCCAGCUGUCUUUGAGCACGAGGAAGGAUACACAAAAAUACACCCUGGACUUGUUACCAGUCAAUUUACAGGCAGACACAUAGAGCAAUAACCAUUACACUCACAUUCACACCUACCAUAAUUUUA